AUGACUGUGCCAGCAGAAGCACUAUGUUCAUGUUUUUGCCAUUAUGCUAACCUCUGCUCAGGACCUUGCUGUGGCUCAUUUCACUUCAUCUUGGACUCGUUUAAACACUCCUGCACGCCGCGAAAACGCUCCAGCAAACCGUUUACGAAUUCAUCAAGUCCUUGUCGAGCUAUGACUUUACUGUGGCUCGUUUUGUUUUAUCUUGGGCUUGUUUAA